GAUGUCAUGAAGGUCAUCUAUGAUCUUCAUGAUGAAAGUCCACUCUCUGAUUUUGAGAACCCACUGAUCCGCCCGCGCUUGCCCUCUGACAUUUUGCUGGCUGUUGGUGGAUGGAACAUGCACACGACAAACUGCAUCGACGCAUAUGACACACGGGCCGACCGCUGGGUGGAUAUCACGCAGGAGGAGCAGAGCAACCUAGCUGGUCAUGGCACGGUGUACCAUGAUGGGUUUGUGUACUGCAUUGGGGGGUUUGAUGGGCAAAACUUUAUCGAUACCGUGCGCAGAUACGACCCGAUCACACGAGCAUGGCAGCAGAUGGCCCCAAUACACUGGCAGCGCUGUAAUGUUAGUGUGGUCGUGCUCGAUGGGCUCAUCUAUGCCAUGGGUGGCCAUAUUGGUUUCUGGCCCCUCGACAUCGUAGAGUGCUACAACCCAAAAACCAAUGAAUGGACCCAGCUCGAGUCUAUGAAUGAGAGGAGAAACGAUGCCAGCGCCACCACCCUGAAUGGCAAGAUAUACAUCUGUGGGGGCCACAAUGGAACAGAGAGCCUAUCUACAGUGGAGUGCUUUGACCCCCUCACAAACGAAUGGAGCUUGAUCACUCCAAUGAGCACUCCCCGUCACAGCCUUGGAGUCACGGCGUAUAAAGGGAAGAUAUAUGCGGUGGGCGGUAUCAACAGGCCUGAUCACCUGCAGACCAUGGAGGUCUAUGACCCUACCACAAACCGCUGGCAUGCUGUGGCCCCCAUGUCCACACCGCGCAGUGAGUUUGGCAUCGCAGUGGUGGACGACCUCCUAUUUGUGAUGGGCGGCCACGAUGGGUUUGGGGUAACUAACAAGGUGGAGUGCUAUGAUGCGGGGACAGGCAGCUGGUAUCGUGCGCAGGACAUGAGCAGAGCCAGACAGCAUUUCAGCUGCUGCGUAGUGCCUGCGCACCCCCGCAUCAUAGAAUACGCUUCACCUCGUUAGUCCCUAAUGGCCGCCAAGGAGGAGAGAAACCCAUCUGCCCACAACAGCAUGCCCAGUACGUAACCUCAUUUACACCCCCCACCCCGAAUUCUUUCCCUAUAACAUACAUUGAGUUUAUAUAGACACCUCUUUUUUUCCCCAGACUCUGCUUCCUCAUUGGAAGGUGUGUUGGUGGGAUCGAGGUCUUUGAAGACAAAGCUGUCCGGAAGUAAUUUUCCAUGGCCUCGCUAAACUCCUCCCACACCUGAGUUUUUACCUCGACGACCGCCGAAGCCGCAUUCCAACAUUUCAUCAACGCUGUCCACCAGCGGGUUCGGGGAUUGCUGCCACAACAGGCCACAGCUCCAGUCAGCCGCCUCCACAAUGGAGGCAUGGAACAAGGCCCAUUCGUACUAGUCAGUCCCCUGCGUCCUCCAGGACAUGGGAGAAGCUCUGCUGGAGAUGGGAGCUGAAUCUUCUCCUGACAUUGCAUACUUAAAAUAAAGUUUUCUUUUUCAUAUUA